GUUUCGUGGACCGAUUUCAGUCUUGUGUGCGGUCGCGUGUCGUUCGUUUCGCGUUCCAAUCGUCUACCGCCCGACGCGAAUAUUGUAGUCCAUCGAACCUCUAUGGAUAUCACAACAUCAAUGAUAACGAUAUAAUAUUUCGCGUGUUCCGUUUCAUUUGUUGUUAAAUCGUUUUCGCCGCCUCCGCGGAGAACGCGUUUCGCAGUGAUAUUUCUGAUAGCCGAUUCUUGAAUGCUGACCAGAUCGGUCCGGAUUUUUGUAUAUUUUUUUGUUUUGACAUCGUGUUAGACGUUUACGGGUUAUCGGAAAUUGUCGGUUUCAAUAAAAUUAACUAUAUAUAUAUAUAUUUUGACGAGAAAUAUUGAGGGUGUAUUUUUCAAGCGUUAUCGAAAUUCGUCGUCGUGAACUUUGGAUAAACUAUUCGUCAUCCAUAAAAUAAGUAAUUUGAAUGAAUAUUAUUCUUAUGACGUUGGGUUCAUUGUUUCAACAAAAGAAAAGGUUAAGGAAAUAGUAUAUACCCUGAGCAAUCGAUACGUCUUAUCCUUUCCGGCCUUUGCCGCGGCGGUCGUGCAGUUGUUCCGGUCAAACGCUUCGUGUCGCAGACCCUACUCCAUCCAUAUAUAGUAUUAUAUAUACUACAUCGUAUCCGCGUUUAUUUCUGACAGCGCUCGUGACGAGAUCGUUUCGCAGCGGUCACCCACGAUCAGAUCGGCCGUCGAAUGAACACGUUGGACGACGGUGACCGCGAAUCCAGUUCGCCACUGGACUUUGGUGUGGCGGACGUGAUAACGACCACUAUCGUGUACCUGACGUGCACCGUCGCGGUAUACGUGCUGUGCACAUUCGUCGAAGACGCCGUUGACGAACCGACCACGCAAACGCCGGACGGCACCGGGACACCGGCCACGGCACCGCCGUCGGCGUCAGUAGCGUCGGAGACGUCAGUCGCGGGAACAGGAGCCAGUGGAUCCGGGACAGCGUCGCGUCCGCCACCGACGCACGCGCCUACUCAGUCGCGGCCGACGCCGCCGGACGCGGGCCAACCGCCGGCGGAAACGGGAGACGCGUCGCAGGCCACGGUACCGGAAGACAUGGGACGUGAGAAACGCCGACGGUGAUCGGUGCCGCGGCCAAUGAUCGGCCAACCGACCGCGAACGCCGCGGCAGUGGCGCUGACCGUGGCGAUCGUGGCCGUGGUCGCGCUGUGGACACCCGCCGCAUCCGCGGCCACGCUCACGCGGGUCGUGCAGACCCGAUACGGCAAGCUUCAAGGCGUGGUGCGCACCGUGGACGCGUCCGUGUCAGCGGCCGCCGGCGGCACGCCGUCCGCCACCGUCGACACGUUCCUGGGCGUGCCAUAUGCCACUCCGCCCGUCGGCUCCAACCGGUUCGGACCCACUCGCACCCCGUCGCCCUGGGACGGCGUCCGGAUGGCCGACGCUCCCGGCCCAGUGUGCCCGCAACGCUUGCCCGACGUGUCCAACGAGACGGCAGCCCUGAACCGCAUGCCCGUAGGACGGCUCGUCUACCUCAAGCGUCUGUUGCCGUACCUGCGCAACCAGUCCGAGGAUUGCCUGUACCUGAACAUCUACGCCCCGUCCCAAGGGAGUAGAAUCGUCCGCAAGUAUCCCGUACUGGUUUUCAUACACGGAGAAUCGUACGAGUGGAAUUCCGGAAACCCGUACGACGGACGAGUGUUAGCCAGCAACGCGGAAUUGGUUGUCGUCACGUUAAACUACAGGCUCGGUAUAUUAGGAUUUUUGAAUGCUAAUGGUUCACCUAACACAAGAGCUCGAGUGGCCAACUACGGUCUCAUGGACCAAAUAGCUGUACUCCAUUGGGUGCAGCAGAAUAUCGCUCUAUUCGGCGGUGAUCCGGAGAAUGUUUCUCUGAUGGGUCACGGGCCCGGAGCCGCUUGUAUAAACUUCUUAAUGAUAUCGCCGACUGUGGUCCCAGGACUUUUCCGUCGAGCGAUACUUCUGUCGGGCUCUGCACUGAGCAGCUGGGCUCUAGUCGAGGACCCCGUGUCAUACGCAUUGGACCUGGCCAAACAGGUGAACUGUACAACUGACGGGACCGGAAACAACCCGGAACCAAUUGUGGACUGUCUGCGGGAAGUGCCCCUAGACCUGUUGAUGUCCGCCGGCGUUGCGUUACCUACAUACCUAAGCGCGUUUGGUCCCAGCGUCGAUGGGGUAGUGGUCAAGAGCAACUACCAGGAAGACGUUAUCACCAAUCUGCUGCCCGAAUUUGACGGGUACAGUGGAUCCAGCGUAGCUUUUGGCGCCCGCAAGUUUCAAAAGUUCGAAUUUGGUAGUGGCAUCAACAAGUAUGACCUGCUGUUUGGCGUCGUCACGAGUGAGGCGCUCUGGAGGUUCAGCUCCAAUGACAUACAGGCUGGCUUCGAGGGUGACCGUCGAGACAAGAUCCUGCGUACGUAUGUCCGGAACGCAUACAGCUAUCACUUGUCCGAGAUAUUCUUCACCAUCGUCAACGAGUACACGGACUGGGAGCGGACUGUCCUGCACCCGAUAAACACCAGGGACGCGACGAUUGCGGCGCUCAGUGACGCCCAGUACGUUGCACCACUGGUGCACACGGGUGACAUGCUCAGCCAGCCGAAGACACCGGCCGCCGACGACCUCAACAAGGAUCGGAGGACCAAAUCGUUUUUCUACGUGUUCGACUAUCAGACCAGGGACGGUGACUAUCCACAGCGGAUAGGUACUGCCCACGGAGAAGAACUUCCAUAUAUGUUCGGUGCUCCAAUGGUAACUGAUGGCAUGAAUCAUUUUUCCAGAAAUUUUACAAAAUCAGAAGCUUUGUUGUCUGAUGCUAUGAUACUCUACUUAGGAAAUUUUGCAAGAACCGGGGAUCCCAACGAUCACGAUGAUAAGCCAGAUUCCGGAUCCAAAGAGCGGAACAGGUUUCGGAGCGUCACAUGGGAUGAAUAUGAUCCGGUGCAUCAAAAGUAUUUAGAAAUAAGCAUGAAGCCCCGGAUGAAGAACCACUUCCGGGCGCACCAGCUGUCCGUGUGGCUGCGACUCAUACCGGAACUGCACCGGGCCGGCAUGGAGGACGUGAUGCUGCGGCACAACCUGUUCCGGAACCACGACGACGCAGAACUGUACGAGGGCGUGGUGCGGCCGGAUCCGCUGUCCAGGCGCGCGCCCCAGCGGGCCACGGUAAACCGAUUCACGGCAAACGGCACGGUGGCCGAGGUGGUGCAGUCGCUGACGACCACGGGCCGGCCGCAGUGGCCAGCUGCCGAAGCGACCACCUGCCUGCCACCGGCGCGCGGCUCAAACGCGGCUAACGCGUCCACGUCGGCCGAGGACGCGCUGGCCACGCUGGGCGCGGCCGGUUACGCGGCCUACUCGACGGCGCUGCACGUGACCAUCGCGCUCGGCGUGUCGCUGCUAGUGCUCAACGGCCUAUUGCUGGUGAUCAUAUGCUACCAGAAAGACAGGUUCAAAUGCUUACAACACAACCAGCAGCACCAGCACCAGCAGACGGCCGGCGGCCAGGAGGACUCGGUCAGGUACAAGGCGGCCGCCGUGCCGGACGACAGACAGUCGGCCGCGGUGACGGUGGACAAGGCGGGCGGUUACGACGGGCGCCAUCAUCAUCUGCAGCACCAUCACCAUCCACCGGGGCAGCAGAUGCACCUGGCCGCGGACGCAGUGGCCGUGGAUAUGGAACAGCGACAUCACCACCAUCACGGCACCGGUGGCGGCCACCAUCAGCACCACCACAUGCAUCACCACCACGUGCCGACCGCACAACACUCCGUGCCGCCGCCGCAGACGACCGCGUCUGCGACGUCAACUACCGCGGCGACGGCGCAACAACAGCAGCUGUCGGCGGCCACGGCGGCGGUGCGCGCGGCGGCCGGGCACGACAUGACGUUCCCGAAUGCGGCCAAACCGUCGUCCAGGCUUUUGCACGACCACCAGAUGAUCGGCGGGGGCGGCUGUCCGCCCAACGGGUCGUUGGUGCACGGCACGCUGCCCAAACCGCCGCCGCCGCCCAGGUCGUCGGUGGGAGUGCAGUCGCAGGAGUCGCAGCCGCUGCUCGUGCAGCAGGGCGUGGGCAUUGGUCAGAUGCCCAAAACCGGUACGCUCAAGAUGCCCGUGGCCGCCAUGAGCGAGAUGAGGGUCUGACCGUCGCUCAGGUCGCUUCUUCUGCGCAUGCCUAUCAGCACAGUCCGCGGUGUGUUAUGAAGUACGGCGGUCGUUGUACUACGUCAUCGUCGUGUCGUUGUUGCGGUUGUGGUCGACCGUGCGAUUAUCAUAAUAACUUGACAUUAGAUAUGACGUAACACUUCCGGCUUGAAAAAAUAAUACCGCGGCCAAACAUACUUCCGGAUGGCCCUCCUCCGACGCGAUUCGCCGGUCAACACGCGUGUCGAGCUUAUGACGUAUUCGUACCGCGAGCUCUUAUGAUACCGUAUACCUCUGUUGGUGGUAUCAUUACCGUGUAAAUAAUAAUAUAAAUAUUAUAUCACAUAUUAUUUAAUCGUUUAUUUCGAUACACGUUAUUAUAAUAUCAUAUUACGCAGAUGAUUCGUCUCUGUCGUAUAUAAUAUAGAAAACGGUGUUGUACUAUUAUUAUAUUGUUUCGUUUGUCUUAAAUAGAAUAUAGCACUAUAAUGUUAUUAUUCUAAUAGAAUAUAUUUAGUAUGAGCGAUCGCGUUUAACUAUAAAACCCAACGGUUUUGUAGUCUUAUUCUUACCUAUUGUAAUAUGUUUGUGUCCACGUCGAGAGUUUUAUGCCGAACGAGCGACGGUGGCUAAUAUAGUCCGAUCGUCAGAUACGAUAUUAUUAUAUACGAUAUAAUAUUUGUACCUAUUCUGCAAUUUAAACAUGUCUCGACUUAUUUAUAAUUCGCGUUUUCAAAAAUAUCAUGAUAACAAAGAUUUGAUUUCUAACGAUCGUGUUAUAUAAGUUCUAGCAGACAAUUCAAAUAGGUAAACAAAAGUUGUUUGUUAAAUCGUAUAUUAUGUAAUGUCGAGGAAGUAGAGAACUCCCCUAAAUCCGAUGAUUUCAUCAUUUGUUAGGAGAUUUAUUAUGACUCUAGUAGGUUUAUCGUUAAGCUGUAAAAAAAAUCAUCAUAAUAUUUUAUGUUGAUGUAGGUACCUACUAUCAAAUCAAACAGUAAAAGCUGCUCAACAAAUGCGACAUAACAAAACUCUUUGAACAGUACAUAUUUAUUAAUAAUACAAAUAAUUAAUGCUAAUAUAAAAAACGAGAAGAACUAAAAUAUGGAAAAUAUAUUUUUGUUAUUGUUAAAUAGACAGUUGAUAUAAACUUUAGAGUAACUGAUUUACAUCCGUUUAAAAAAUAUAAACUUUAUUUUAACUAUUCAACUAAACUUUAUUAUUAUAGCUUUCAAUUGAUAUUUAAGUAAACAAAUAAAAUGUCUUAACUAUUGUUGUAUUAUUUACUUUAUUGAUUUCACGUUGAAUUUAAAAUUUUAAGUUAAAAUCUGAUACAAUAUUAUAACAACCUGUAACUACCCGCCAGUACCACAGAAAACAAUAAUAUUUUGUUAUUGUGACUUUAAUUCGUCUACCGUUACGUUUACGUCUGUUUUAUCAAUACUUUAGGUAGAUAAUAUUAUAGUUUCACGCUCUAUACGCAUUUCCGGCGCACUCUAUAUUCCAUAUAUGUCAAAAUUAUACAUAUAUUUCUAAGAAAACUUCCUAUACCUGCUAUAAAAUAUAUAAAAAAAACAUUAUUACAUAAUAUACACGUGUAGACACACGCCUGCAACAACGCGUGUAUUUUAAGAAGAUAAUCUAAUUCAACAAUUCCGAUUUAUCUUAUGUUCGCAAUCAUUAUUAUAGGCCCAUUAUUAGAUUAAAAUAUAAUAUCAUGUUAUAUUAUAGUAGUAAUUAGUGCGCACUGGAUAAAGUCAAUCGACAUACAGCGUAAGUAAUAUCAAUUCACUUCACAUUAUUUGAUUUUAGUUUUUUACGCCGCCGAGUAUACAAAUCGUAGUAGAUUUUUCAGAAAACAAUGUUUACCGUCAUUGUUAUUAUAUUUCACUUCGAGAGUAACGCGAGCAUAAAAAAAAACAUAAUUUAUAUUAAUGAGUUAUUCGGUUGCGCCACACGGACGGAAGGACUCCUGACAUUAACCAUUUGACUUCCAAAAAUAAAUAAUUAUAAAAUUAAUUAGAAUAAUUGCAUUGAAUCUGGAUACUAGUUCACGCGCCGUAUUAUAUUUCUGGCUAUUUUGUUUCAUUGUAGGUACAUAAUACUAUAAGUAUAUUACAAGUUUUCAUUGCUGAUGUUUCUGUUGCGAGUCUGAGAGAUCAGUUAAGAUAGUUCAGCUAUCUAAGAUUAUUCCUUUGCUUGGUAGUUCAACUACCAAAGAGGAAAGAUCUUUAGUUGUCAGAGAUUCCCUGCUAUUUAGUCCAGAAGCUAUCUAUUUGAUCAAAAACAUAGACAUAGACCUAUAAUAUCUGAGUCAAUAAUAUAUCUUAUUAACUUUACAAAUAGUUUAUCACUUCACCUACUACUCUGUUAAUUAUAUACUAAUAUUAUUUUAUUUUAUAUUUUUAUGAUUUAUGAAUUAUUGUUGAUGGCCAUACCAGAAUAAUAAAUGGUUAUUUAUUUUGUUUCGUCAUCAUCAUCAACGUAAUUGAAUAUUCUUCAGCAGUCAUUGACAAAAUUGCCGAUAUUGUAUACGUAUCUAGUAUUAUUAUAUAUUGUUUUUUUGUGAUGACCGUAUUAGUUAAUUUUAUAACUAUUUAUUUUGAAUAUAAAUCUUGAUGUUUUUUUAAGCAAAUAGUAUACUACGAGUACAUGUUCAUAUUUUGUAAAAAAAAAAUUAUAAUUUUUUGAAUUUAUGAUAUUUCACGAUAUCAUAAUAAUAGUAUAGGCACUCUAUAAUCAUUAUGAUCAACUUGAAUCAUGAUAAUUUCAAUCGGAAAUUAAACGAUUUUUUUCAUCGUGGAACACUGUAAUUGAAUUAAAAAUAAUUUAUGACUAAAUCAUUUUUAUUUGUGCUCCAUACAGCAAAUUAUUGACAAUUGUUUGCACAUACACAUGUAUAUGCGCAAAAAACAACAUAAUAAUCAUAUUAUUUAUUGUUGAUAGUUAAACUUGUGGUUACAAAUGUUGCUUUCGUUGUGAUCUAAAACUAAAAAUAAAAUGUUAAACAGGAAGAUAGGUAAUUUUAUCGUUUUGGCAUACAUUCAUUAAUUGAUUGAACAAUUGUGAAUUAUUAUCACACGUACAAUUAUAUGUACAUUUUAAUUAAAUGAAUCACGGAAACCAUUAUCCGAAUUUGUCGACAUCCACGAAACACAAUUAGCCUUAUUUUGAUUAAAUAACUAGAUAUUCAACCACGACACAUGUCAAUUAUAUUAUGAGCCCAAAUCUAAAACCAUAAUAUUUUCAAUGAUUAGGUAUAAUAAUUUUGCGACAAACUAUCACCAAAAAAACUCUACAGCAGUGAUUUAUUUUAUGAUUAUAACAAUUUUUAGUCAGAUUCAAUAACGUAUUCCACUAAUCUAUCGCUUAUAGAUACGUUUUAGAAUAUUCGUAUAUAUGUUUUAAGAUUUUUUUUGAAGCUCGUAAAAAAACAUAAAAUUAAAUAAAUGGGAGGUGGAUAAUUGAUGACAUAAUGUAGAAGAACAAGUAAAAUUGAAAACAAAAAAACAAUAUUCUUGUUAUCCUAUGGUUUUUCCUUUACAGAACCAUCGGUAUAAAAGUUUUUUUCUCUAGAACUACAAACAUAAUAAUAAAACAAAAAACUUUUCUUAUUACUUUGACCGUAUUAAAAGUUUGUUAUAAUUUAUUUAACAGAAAGGUUAAAGUGAUUUUUUUUACGUAAAAAUCUUUUAAAAAAGAAAUUUAUAUAUAUAUACAUAAUAUUAUCUUCUUAUUUUUAUUAUACAAUCAUUAUGAAUCAAAUAAAAAUAAUAUAUAUUUAAAACAAAUUUGAUUGAUUUUAAAUAAAAGUAUAAAAUAUGGUGGUUGGUACUUAUAGAAUUUUUCAGAAAUUAUAUCAUGCAGUAAUUAGGUUUUUAAUAUAAAUAUAUACGGUAAUAUUUAAGAAAAAAAAUAAUAAUUUAGUUCAUGCCAUUGAGUAAUGAAACAUUACCUCUAAGUAAUAAAUAUAACCAACUUUUGUACAUAAAUUUGUAUAGUGUAAAUAUUACAUUACUAAAAAAAUCUUGUAAUAAUAACUAUAACAACAUAAAUAUACCUGGAUAUUUUUAUGUUUAAUAAUUUAUAUUUUCAUUAUUAAUCACGACUUUCAUAGCCAAUAACAGUUGAAAACCGUAUACAUUUGUAUUAGUAAUUAUUUAUAAUCAUUAAACAAAUAAUUUUUAAAGACAUAUUUUGAAUUAUUUUUUUUCCAAAUAUCCAUGCAAUCGAUUCGAUGUAUUAUUAUAAAUGUGUAAUAAUAUAAAUUAUUAUUGCAACGUUACUACAUUUUUUGUUUUAAAAUUCGGCCAUCAAAACACUAUAAAAAUAUAUUUGUUCAAUAUAAUCUUAUCGACUCCAAUUCUAUGUAAAUACGUAUUUAAUCGAAACAAUAAUAACCCGAUAAAAACUUAAACAAAAAUAAUAUGACGUUCUCGUCCCAAAGUGUCAACGAACUAAGUUUAAAAUAAAAAAAAAACCCCGUUUACCUAUGUAUUACUAUAGUGCAGCGGUUCCCAAACUUUUUUUUCCGCGGUGCCUUUUUUUCGACCCAAUUUAACCACAGUACCUGCUGUGAAUAACACGAAAGACAGAACAAAAAAAAUACUCAUUGAUAACCAAUUUUACGUAGACCACGGUGCCCUUAGAAAGUGCUUGCUGUGCCCCUAGGGCACCGCGGUGCACAGUUUGGGAACCGCUGCUAUAGUGUCACUAUAAUAUUAUCAUUACCUGUCGAUAUUUAUUGUAUUAUGACAGGUAGAUGGCUAACCGUAUUGUAGAUAACCGAACGAUAAUAUAAUAAUAUUGAAAUUAUUUCGCGAAAUACGCUGUCGGAAAACUUUUAAUAUGUCUGAGCAUAAUUUAUUGAAGUACAUACAUGGAAAUCGCGUCGCUAUAUUAUAAAUUAUAAUACACAAUAUUAUAUAGGUGUAUUGUACCUAUAUUAAUUAAAUUAGUUUUUUUAUUAUUUAAAGUUGAGUGUAAUAAAUUGCAUUUUUAAUUUAAAAUACUUUAAUAGUUUAACGAGUGUUUUCUUUUCGUAUUAUAAUAAUCAUUCUACAGUCGAAAUGAUUUUGACUAAAAGUUAAUAUGUAGUUUUCAAUAUUCCGAGAAUACUAAUUGAUAUGCAUAAUAUUUUAAUAUUAUUAUUUGAUAAAGUUUAUGAAUAUUGUUUUAAUUUUAAAGAUGACUUAUUGCGUAUUUUCUUUCAGAAAAAUUAGUUUGCUAGAUACCUAUUCCUUACGUAAUAGCUACUAUUUAACUAAUAUUUUGAUAUUAUAUGUAAUAUUUGGGUGUUUGUUAUGUUCUCGAUCAAUAUCUGUAUUGUGUAAUGACAGAUAGGCAAGCAUUUUACUGUAUGAAAUAUUCAUUGAACUACCAAAAUUUGUAAAUACAAUUUUCGUACCUUUUUAUGUUUAUUUAUAUUUAAAAACUAGCAAUUAAUAUAUAUAUAUAUAUAUAUAUAUAUAUAUAAUUUAUUAUUAUUGUAAACUAUUUUGUAAGUAGCAUCUAUAAUAUUAUAUUUGUAUAAUGUCUAUCACUGUUAAAAAAACAAAAUUAAAAAAAAAUAUUGUGAACUUAAACUAUCAAAAUGUUGUUAUUGUAACUAUUAUACACUGUUAAGAAAUUAUUA